GGAACUGAAUAUUGUUUUUCUGCAGUGUUUACUUUUAUACAAGUUUAUUUCUUUGAAAGUUGUUUCGCCAAUCAGUGAUCGAGUUUCGAUUGCUUUUGUCUGAGCCGGACUGUAGCGGGGGACGCGCGGCUUCCGUUCGUCCAUUACAACACGGGAUGUGACAGAAGUAGCAGUGUGUCUGUGUUUUUCCUUUAUUGUCCCCCUUUACAGGGUGAAAGAUGACAACACCUCCAGAAAUCAUUCUGGAGACCCUGAACAACUUGGGACAAGAUGAGUUUGACAACUUCAAAUGGUUCUUGUACCAUGAAGGGGUCCUAGGAGACUUCAGAUCAAUCCCAAAGUGUCGACUGGAGAAUGCAAAGACGUUCAACACUGUGGAUGAAAUGGUCCAGACCUAUGGGACUAAAAAUGCCAUUAAAGUCACUGAGAUGGUUUUAAAGAAGAUUAAAAGAAAUGAUCUGCUGCCGAAAAUCUCAAGAACCAUCAAUGAAGGUGCCUCGAACGUUGAACUGGAACCAAACACAGCCGACACAGAGCCGGACCCAAAGCAGAAGAAGAUUUCAUCAGUCUUCGAACCUGAAAUGCAAACGGAGUCUACACAAAUCUCAUACAGUUUCAGCUGUACUGGCCCAGGCGUGUUCCACUGUGCUGAGACUGGACUGGUAUUCAAGACAAUUCAAGGGGUGGAGCUGCAGUACAGGAUCGUUAAAUGGGAUGAGAGAUGUCUCAAAGCCACUGGCAAAGAAGCUGCAGGACCAGUGUUCGACAUCCACUCUUCUAAGGAUGCUGCAGUCCGUGAAAUCCGCUUCCCACACUGUGAAACAAAGGAUGCGCUGCGUAUUGACGGCCUGCUGUCUGUUGCCCACAUCACUAAUCGUGGAAUGAGCAUCUUGAAGCCACUGCAGAUCACUGACUCUCAUGUGGCCAUGGAGGUCACUCACCUCUCUCUUUUUGGCCUCAUCUUGGAUCCUGUUAAUAGGCGACUCUCACUCCCAGUAAAGGGCCAAGUAUUGCUGUUCCUCCGGCCUAAAAUGAGAGGGCCUCAGACACUUGAUGUGUUUCUGCUACAGAAAAAUGUCCCUCCAUCACAGGUUGCUGCCCAACAAGGAAAAGCAGAAUACAUCAAGAUCCCAGUUAACUGUUUGUUCAGCUUUGGUUGGAGUUACAGUCUCCACUGUGAACAGGAAGUCUUGAUACAGCCCGUGCAUGCAAACUUUUGUUCACGUUUUGGACCCAAUUUCCAUCCAACAUUUGAAGUUUUCCUGACGACCAAUCUUGAUGUAGUGACUUUGAUCAUCAAAGACCAAGAGGGGACAGAAAUCUGGAAAUGUGAUGUUCAUCUGAAAGGUGCCUCUAACGUUGAACUGGAACCAAACACAGCCGACACAGAGCCGGACCCAAAGCAGAAGAAGGGAGCCACGAUGACAUCAGAGGUCCUCAAAAACAUUCUGGAUGAUCUGGAUGAUGAUGAGCUGUCUACAUUCCAUGGGUUCCUGCAGCAGCCCAACAUUGUUGAAGGCCUCCCAGCCAUCAGAGAGAACCAACUACAGAUACCAAAAAGAUGCGAAACUGUGGAUUUGAUGGUGGAGACUUAUGGAGAUCAAAGAGCUGUGCAGAUGACCAGGGUGGUUUUAGAGAAGAUCCACAGGAAUGAUCUGCUGCAGAAGUUGCCUGCCAGCAGCUCAGGACCAGAAGAUGAAACUGUUCCGGUACCAGAACCACGUCACAUCAGAUAUUACCAACAGACACUUCAAUCAAACUUCGAUACGUUUAAGGUUACAACAGAGGGGUGGGCAGCAGAUAAGCAGCUUCUGGUUGAUGUCUACACAGAGCUGUACAUCACAGCUGGCCGUGACGUGCAUGUCAACACACAGCAUGAGGUUCUGCAGAUUGAUAAGGUGUGGAAGCCAUCAGACACAGAAACACCUAUCCAACCCAGAGAAAUUUUCAAGCAUCCUUCUGGAAAAGACAUACCCAUCAGAACAGUGCUGACCAAUGGAAUUGCAGGGAUUGGAAAAACAUUCCUCGUGCGCAAGUUUAUUUUGGACUGGGCUGAAGAAAGAACCAAUCAAGAUGUGCAUCUUAUUUUCCCAUUCACUUUCCGUGCCCUGAAUUCACUGCAGGGAAAAGAGUUUGGUUUGGCAGAGCUCAUUCAUGUCUGUAUCCCAGAAACUAAAGACGUCACAGUGGAGGCUCUGAAUUACAUCUUUACAGCUCUGCAAUCAUCAGGAAACAGCAGCUACCAAAAGAGCAGAUUCAAACUGCUGUUUGUGUUUGAUGGACUGGAUGAGAGUCGCCUGCAUCUGGACUUUGGUGUUGACCACAUUCGCUCCCUGGAUGUAACAAAGUCAACUAAAAUAGAAGUCCUGCUGAAGGAACUUAUCAGUGGGAAACUGUUGCGUUCAGCUCGCCUCUGGAUAACCACACGACCUGCAGCAGCCAAUCAGAUCCCUCCUGACUGUGUGGACAUGGUGACAGAGGUCAGAGGGUUCACUGACCCACAGAAGGAGGAGUACUUCAGAAAGAGAUCCAGAGAUGAGGAGCAGGCUGACAGCAUCAUCUCCCACAUGAAGAAGUCACGAAGCCUCCACAUCAUGUGCCACAUCCCAGUGUUCUGCUGGAUCACUGCUACAGUCCUGGAGGAGCUGCUGGAAACCAGAGAGGGAGGAGAGCUGCCCAGAACCCUGACUGAGAUGUAUGCAGAGUUUCUAAAAUUUCAGAUUGAUCACACAAAAGGAAAGUACAGUCAAGAGAAGGGCAUUCCGUAUAUUAAGUCAUUAGCUAAACUGGCUUUUGAACAGCUGCAAAAUGGCAACCUGAUCUUCUAUGAGAAAGAUCUGAGAGAAAGUGGCAUCGAUGCGAGUGAAGCCUCAGUGUACUCAGGAGUGUUCACACAGAUCUUCAAAGAAGAGCGAAGACGGGAACAGAAAGACAAGAUGUUCUGCUUCAUUCAUCUGAGUGUUCAGGAGUUUCUGGCUGCUCUUCAUGUCCAUCUAACUUUCAUCGAGUCUGGAAUCAACCUGCUGGACAAAGAACAAACGGCACACUCUCAGGUGCAGACAGACACUCUCAUGUACAGACGUAUGGACAGGCGUUUCUGGUGGACUGACGCUACAACAGAUUUCUACCAGAGAGCAGUGGACGAGGCCUUACAGAGUCCAAACGGACACCUGGACUUGUUCCUGCGCUUCCUCCUGGGUCUGUCAUUGCCGAACAAUCAGAAUCUCCUACGAGGCUUGUUGACACAGACAGGAAGUAGCUCACAGACCAAUCAGGAAACAGUGGAGUACAUCAAGGAGAAGCUCAAUGAGAAUAUGUCUGUAGAGAGAAGCAUCAAUCUGUUUCACUGUCUGAAUGAGCUGAACGAUGUUUCUCUAGUGGAGGAGAUCCAACAGUCCCUGAGAUCAGGACGUCUGUCCACAGAUGGACUGUCUCCUGCUCAGUGGUCAGCUCUGGUCUUCAUCUUACUGUCAUCAGAAGAACAUCUGGACGUGUUUGACCUGAAGAAAUACUCUGCUUCAGAGGAGGCUCUUCUGAGGCUGCUGCCAGUGGUCAAAGCCUCCAACAAAGUUGUACUGAGUGGCUGUUUUCUGUCAGAGAGAAGCUGUGGAACUCUGUCCUCAGUCCUCAGCUCCCAGUCCUCCAGUGUGACAGAGCUGGACCUGAAUAACAACAACCUGCAGGAUUCAGGAGUGGAGAGUCUUUCUGCUGGACUGAAGAGUCCACUCUGUAAACUGGAAGCUCUCAGACUGAGUGGCUGUAAUCUAUCAGAGAGAAGCUGUGGAGCUCUGUCCUCAGUCCUCAGCUCCCAGUCCUCCAGAGUUAAAGAGCUGGACCUGAGUAACAACAACCUGCAGGAUUCAGGAGUGGAGAGUCUUUCUGCUGGACUGGAGAGUCCACACUGUAAACUGGAAGCUCUCAGACUGAGUGGCUGUAAUCUGUCAGAGAGAAGCUGUGGAGCUCUGUCCUCAGUCCUCAGCUCCCAGUCCUCCAGUGUGACAGAGCUGGACCUGAGUAACAACAACCUGCAGGAUUCAGGAGUGAAGAGUCUUUCUGCUGGACUGGAGAGUCCACACUGUAAACUGGAAGCUCUCAGACUGAGUGGCUGUAAUCUGUCAGAGAGAAGCUGUGGAGCUCUGUCCUCAGUCCUCAGCUCCCAGUCCUCCAGUGUGACAGAGCUGGACCUGACUAACAACAACCUGCAGGAUUCAGGAGUGGAGAGACUUUCUGCUGGACUGGAGAGUCCACACUGUAAACUGGAAGCUCUCAGACUGAGUGACUGUAAUCUGUCAGAGAGAAGCUGUGGAGCUCUGUCCUCAGUCCUCAGCUCCCAGUCCUCCAGUGUGACAGAGCUGGACCUGACGAACAACAACCUGCAGGAUUCAGGAGUGGAGAGUCUUUCUGCUGGACUGGAGAGUCCACACUGUAAACUGGAAGCUCUCAGACUGAGUGGCUGUAAUCUGUCAGAGAGAAGUGGUGGAGCUCUGUCCUCAGUCCUCAGCUCCCAGUCCUCCAGUGUGACAGAACUGGACCUGAGUAACAACAACCUUCAGGAUUCAGGAGUGGAGAGUCUUUCUGCUGGACUGGAGAGUCCACACUGUAAACUGGAAGCUCUCAGACUUAAUAACUGUAAUCUGUCAGAGAGAAGCUGUGGAGCUCUGUCCUCAGUCCUCAGCUCCCAGUCCUCCAGUGUGACAGAGCUGGACCUGACUAACAACAACCUGCAGGAUUCAGGAGUGGAGAGUCUUUCUGCUGGACUGGAGAGUUCACACUGUAAACUGGAAGCUCUCAGACUGAGUGGCUGUAAUCUGUCAGAGAGAAGUGGUGGAGCUCUGUCCUCAGUCCUCAGCUCCCAGUCCUCCAGUGUGACAGAACUGGACCUGAGUAACAACAACCUUCAGGAUUCAGGAGUGGAGAGUCUUUCUGCUGGACUGGAGAGUCCACACUGUAAACUGGAAGCUCUCAGACUUAAUAACUGUAAUCUGUCAGAGAGAAGCUGUGGAGCUCUGUCCUCAGUCCUCAGCUCCCAGUCCUCCAGUGUGACAGAGCUGGACCUGACUAACAACAACCUGCAGGAUUCAGGAGUGGAGAGUCUUUCUGCUGGACUGGAGAGUUCACACUGUAAACUGGAAGCUCUCAGGCUGUCAGGCUGUCUGGUCACAGAGGAAGGCUGUGCUUCUCUGGCCUCAGCUCUGAGCUUCAAGACUUCAAAUCUGAGAGAGCUGGACCUGAGCUACAACCAUCCAGGAGACUCAGGAAAGAAGAAGCUGAGGGAUAAAGAGGAGGAUCUACACUGUAGACUGGAAACUCUCAGGGUGACGCCUGCUGGAGUCCAGUGGUUGACACCAGGUCUGAGGAAGUAUUCCUUUCAACUCACAGUCGACACAAACACAGUAAACAGAAACCUCAAACUGUCUGACAACAACAGGAAGGUGACACAUGUGAAGGAGGAUCAGUCGUAUCCUGAACAUCGAGACAGGUUUAACCGGUAUGCUCAGCUGCUGUGUGAAACUGGUCUGACUGGUCGCUAUUACUGGGAGGUGGAGUGGAGAGGAGAUGUUCAUAUAUCACUGAGUUACAGAGGAAUCAGAAGGAAAGGAUUCAGUGAUGACUGUUGGUUUGGAUUUAGGGAUCAGUCCUGGAGUCUGUUUUGCUCUGAUGAUGGUUACUCUGUCAUUCACAAUAACAGUCAAACACCCAUCAGUUCCUCCUCAAUCUCUGACAGAGUUUCAGUUUAUGUGGACGUUCCUGCUGGAACUCUGUCCUUCUACAGAGUCUCCUCUGACUCUCUGAUCCACCUCCACACCUUCAAUACCACAUUCACUGAAACUCUCUAUCCUGGAUUUGGGUUCUGGUCUGGUUCCUCAGUGUUUCUGUGCUCAGUUGAGUCUCCAGAGUCUCCUCCUGGUAGAGAAACAGUGUUGAACAAAUAGUUGAGUCUCUCCAUGAUUCUGUCCCUCAGAAACAUGUUUUCACAUUCAUGGAUUAAAUGUUUCUUUGUCAAAUCCUUCUAAAUGAUUCCUUGUAAACUUGUUCCUCUUCAAAGAUGGACGUUGUGAUUAUUCCAGGAGCCAAAUGUGGUGUUUUUGCGUCUUUUUCCAGUCAAAUGUUGAGAGUGAAAAUCAGGAUGUGGUGUUCCUCUGACGCUCACUUGAACUAAAAGCAUUUGAGCUGCACAAAGUGUGAAAUGAGAGAGGAAGCAGUGAAUCUCCAAACUGCUGACAGACUUUCACACAUUAUUGUCCAGUGAAAAUCAGCUUUUUGUGCAGCCAGACUUGAUCCUGAUUUGAGUCUUUAAGUCCUGUUGUAGUGAUGAAAUGAGAACUUCCUUCAUCUGUAUCACUCUUUCCAAAGUAUUCUGUGCUCUUCUGUCAUUUAUGUCUUAUUGAUAAAUCCGUUUUUCAUUUUUACAAUAAUUCAGUGGUUCAGUGUUUUUUCAUAAGUUUUUAUGAUAAGAUUCUGAAUUUAUGGUUUCAUCAACAAAUUCCAACAGAUUUUAUUUUUUCAUAAAAGCUCUCAUAACCCUAGCUGUCUGUGGAUAAAAAUGGUUUUCAGCAUCGAUGUGAUGCCAGUAGAAUUUAAACCCUCGAGGACUAUCCAGAUUACAUUUAACCCUGUAAAUUAAACAUUUUUUUAGCCUUCUUAAUUCUAUGAAUGUUCUGUGUGGCUGUUAAAGGAGGUUUUCCUCACAUUUUGGUGUAUUCUAACCCUUCCAUGGUCUAAAUUCUUUGAACAGAUCUUGUGCUGUAAUCAAUGUCUAACUUAGUUUUUAUUUUCAUUGCAGUGGUUGAUUUUUCCUGAACAAGAUCAAUGUUUUUUAAUACGUCUUUCUCCAAUUUUAUUUGGUCUACCUGUGGGUUUUAAAUUAUUGUAACUUUCUUUUUUAUUCAAUUAAUGACUAAUAACACACUUUGAUCUUCA